UUGAGACUUCAUUUACUUCACUGACAACAGUCCAUAACAGACCCCAGCACUGGUCACCAAGCAGUCUCGAUUCUCUCAAACUUUCGUUUUUCUCCUAAAUUUUCUCUUGCAAAUCAUCAUAUUUCUUCCUCUAUUACUGGUAGCUUCACCGGCACCGCCUCAUGGACAAGAAUUUAAGCCCACACAUCGACCCAAAGAGUGGUUUCAAUUCCAUUACCAAGACCUUUCACAGUCUCAGACCUCCCAUUGAUCUUCCUCAAGAACACACUCCGCUCUCAGCUGCUGAAUACGCUUUCUCACUGCUAGCCAAGUCUCCAUGGCCUCAUCAUGAAUCCCUGGCUUUAAUCAACUCCCUCACUGCUCAAAGUAUUUCCUACUCUGAGUUCACUCGCAGAACAAAGUGCCUGGCCGCUUAUUUGCAGAAAGUAAGCCGGCUAUCCAAAAACGACACCGCUUUUAUACUCUCUCCGAUCUCCAUCCAAGUACCGAUCCUCUACUUUUCCCUUCUCUCACUAGGUGUAGUCAUCUCUCCGGCUAACCCUCUCAGCACUCAGUCAGAGAUUUCUCGCCUAGUUCAGUUAUCGAAGCCUGUGAUUGCAUUCGCCACGUCAUCAACUGUUCACAAACUCCCUAAACUCAAACACCAGACAAUCCUGAUCGAUUCUUCUGAAUUCGAGUCCAUGAUGAUGAGUGCAAAACAUGAAUUUGAUCACGUUAAAGUUAGACAAUCCGAUUUGGCAACGAUCAUGUACUCCUCCGGAACAACCGGAAAUGUCAAGGGAGUGAUGUUGACUCAUAGAAACUUAAUAGCGCAAGUUGCGAGCUCGUAUGCAUCUCGGCAAGAGCGACAGUCCCCAUUAGUUACGUUGUAUACGAUGCCCUAUUUUCACAUGAUCGGUUUCAUUUUCAGUCUGAGAUCGGUGGCGUUGAGUGAGACAGUGAUGGUGAUGGAGAGUUUUGAUUUAAAGAAGAUGUUGAAGGCUGUAGAGGAGUUUAGGGUAACACGCUUGGUUUUUCCCCGACCGGUGGUUGUAGCAUUGUCAAAGGGUGGUUUAACGGACGGCUAUGAUUUGAGCUCAGUCGAGACUGUAGUAAGUGGCGCAGCUCCACUUGGAAAGGAUGCCAUUGCAGCAUUUACCGCGAGAUUCCCAAAAAUCGUGUUAGGUCAGGGUUACGGAUUGACCGAAACGGCUGGAGGGAUUUUUUUGACAAAAGGUCCAGAAGAAGCAAAGCCCUGGGGCUCAACAGGGAGGCUUUCGGGGAGUUUUGAAGCAAAAAUUGUGGAUCCAGAAAUGGGUGAAGCCUUUCCUCCUUGCAAAGAAGGGGAACUGUGGGUUAAAGGCCCCUCUGUAAUGAAAGGCUACCUUGGGGACGAGGAGUCAACUUCUGCUACUUUGUUAUCUAAUGGGUGGUUGAAGACAGGUGAUAUAUGCUACAUUAAUGAGGAUGGUUUCCUUUUUGUGGUGGAUAGACUCAAGGAACUAAUUAAAUACAGGGGAUAUCAGGUGGCUCCAGCAGAACUAGAGCAACUGCUUAUUUCUCACCCAGACAUAAUUGAUGCUGCAGUAAUAGGAUACCCAGAUAAAGAAUCCGGUGAAGUACCAAUGGCUUUUGUGGUAAGACAGCCCCAAAGCACCCUUAGCGAAGCAGAAAUCAUGGAUUUUGUUGCUAAACAGGUUGCACCAUACAAGAAAAUAAGGCGUGUAGCGUUUUUCAAUUCCAUACCCAAGAGUGCGGCGGGCAAAAUUUUGAGAAGAGAGCUGAGAAAAGUUUCUGCGAAACCGGGGACUUUUUCAAAGCUGUAAUCUUUCUAAUUUGUAAUAUUGAUCAAAUAUCAGGCCUUUCAGGUCAUCAUCUUCCACAUUCAAUUUGUGUAUGGUAUUAUUGAUGUCUUCUGUUUUUAUUGUACUAUUGAUUAAUGGCUUGGAAA